AUUUCGGCUGUGAAGUGUUUGGGUCCCUCAACUCUGUCUCUGUCUAAACCAGCCCAAAGCCUGCGAAAGUUGGGUGAAUUUAGAGUUGAAAAUCCUUAUCUGUAAGUCUGAAGUUGUUAUCGUGUGCUAGUUAACAUUAGUAAAUCAACUAAGUUAAUUGGCUAGUUAACGUUCAGGUGAAUUCGUCCUAUAUCCUUUUGGAAAUAUUGUGUUGUAGUUUUAGUUCCCCUCAAUUAAGAAAUUGGCUGGUAUUUUUUUCCCAAUUUGCCGUCUAAACGUUGUGUUCACCUUAAAUGUACUUUCCUUAAUAACAAGCAUUUAUCCCCAUUAUCUUGGACAGUGUUUUAACGUUACGUCAGCUUUAUUUUAGGGCCAAAGUAGGUGAAGAGGUGAUGGAGGCAGACAGAUUUGAGGAAGAGCUUCUCCUCUAUGCUAAAGAGGGAAGCUGUUCUGAUAUACAAAGGCUCCUUCAGUCGAAAUUCAACCAAAGCAGCUCUCUCAACAUCAACUGUACAUCUCGGUCUAAAGUCAGCUCAGGAUGGACCCCCCUGCACCUGGCCUGUUACUUUGGACACAGGGAUGUUGUAGAAGAGUUACUCAAGGCAGGUGCUGAUGCAAAUGUGCAGAAUAACUUGGGCAACACACCUCUACACAAAGCAGCCUAUACUGGAAGAAAGAUUGUUCUGUUGCUGCUGCGCUAUGAUGCCUGUUCCAACAUAAUCAAUGGAACAGCUCAAAUCCCCAAAGAUGUCACAGAGGAUGAUGAAAUCAUUACAAUGCUGGAGGCUGCAGAGAGAAGAGAGACGAGGCGGCGGGAGGAGAAGCUUUUGGAAGCAGCCAGAGAGGGGGACAUCUCCACUCUGUCUAAACUGCUCAGUGGGAAAGAAGCUCCAGAUAUUCACUGCAGGGACUUGGUGGGGAAUACGCCCUUACACUGUGCAGCCUACAGGGGGCAGAAGCAGUGCAUUAUAAAGCUCCUCAAGUCUGGAGCCAGCCCCAGUACUAAAAACAACAACGACCAGACAGCAUUAGACCUGGUCCGCAGUGAUGAACUGAGGCUGAUUCUGGCAGCCUAUCAAGACAAGGAUGUGAGCAACGGGGUGCAGAAGAUUGAAGGCCCUCUUUGGAAGAGUUCACGUUUUCUUGGCUGGCGAUCCCACUGGGUGAUAAUUGAGGGAGGAACUCUCUCCUGGUAUCCCAGACAGGCUGAUGCGCUGGCUGGUGUCAGAAAACAGGGCUGUACGUCUCUAACGCAAGCCUAUUGCAUGGUCAAACCAUGGGAUCAUUGCUUCUUCAUGCUCAGGUGCUUUGACGACACUGUGCAUAAUUUUAAAGUCUCCUCAAAGACGGAUUCAGUGGCAACAAGAAAAAGAUGGUUGGAUGCUUUUGAGGCACAUUCAUCCUAUAGCACUCGCCACUGCACCCAGGAGCAGAUUAUCAACGAUGUAGAAGGUGAUGGUGGCGAGACAGUGAGGAAUCUGUCACAAGCUCUUCAGGCAGCCAACGCUUCCCAGCAGAAACUGGAGAGUGAAGUGUCAAUAUUUCUCUCGAUGGUGAAGAAUGAGGAGAAUUGUGCACUGGCUGCCCCUCUUCUACUGAAAGCCAAAGAGACGUGUGAGCUCUCCAGUGAAACCUGUUCUGCUCUCCAUCUGUGCCUUGAAUUGCUGUCAAAACAAGAGGAGGUGUGGAGCCUGAAGUUGGAGCAGGAGGUGGAGAAGAACAAAGCUCUGACAGAAGCUCUGCAGACGUUGGCAACUGAGCACCACGAACUCAAGCAGUUCCAGUGUAAGAGCAGGAGGUCGUCCACCCUCAGUACCCUCACUGGAGAUGACUUCUAUGAUGCUGUGUCAGAGUCGGAGUCGGAGCUCUCGGUGAGCGGCUUCCUGUCUGUGGCCAGUUACUCCUGUGAAGAGGACGAAGGGAGAGACGCCCCCCUUCUCAGCAGCCUCCGCCAUCCCAGCGCACCCAGGGGGCCCACCGGCAUGUCAGGGGAGGGUAACCAUGGCAACCAACCCGCCCAGCACAAUGGAGUCAAGAAGCACAGAGCAUCUCUACCGGCUCCCAUGUUCUCCAGGAAUGACGUCAGCAUCUGGAGUAUCCUGAAGAAAUGCAUUGGCAUGGAGUUGUCAAAGAUUGCCAUGCCUGUGAUAUUUAAUGAGCCUCUGAGUUUCCUCCAGCGGUUAACAGAAUACAUGGAGCACACCUACCUCAUCCACCAGGCCAACGCCACAACAGACUCUGUCGAGAGGAUGAAGUGUGUUGCAGCGUUUGCUGUGUCAGCUGUAGCAUCGCAGUGGGAGAGGACUGGGAAACCUUUCAACCCACUGCUGGGAGAAACCUUUGAGCUCAUCAGAGACGAUUUGGGCUUUCGGUGGGUGUCGGAGCAAGUAAGCCAUCACCCUCCAGUCAGUGCCUUUCACGCUGAGGGCCUCAAUGAGGAUUUCGUCUUCCAUGGCUCCAUCUACCCCAAACUCAAGUUUUGGGGAAAGAGCAUAGAAGCUGAGCCCAAGGGACUCAUCACACUGGAGCUGCCCAAAUAUAAUGAAGCUUACACCUGGACAAACCCCACCUGUUGUGUCCACAACAUUAUUGUUGGUCAGCUUUGGAUUGAGCAGUACGGCAGCGUGGAAGUGGUCAAUCACAAGACCGGAGAGAGAUGCAGCAUGACGUUCAAGCCCUGUGGCCUCUUUGGAAAAGAGCUCCAUAAAGUGGAAGGAUACAUUCUUGAUAAAAGCAAAAAGAGGCUCUGUGCAAUAUAUGGCAAAUGGACUGAAUGCCUAUACACGGUAGACCCUGCUAGCUUUGAAGCCCACAAAAAGUCUGACAAAAAGAAUUCAGAUGAAAAGAAGGGCAAUAAACAGAGCAGUGUGGAUGAGGAGCCAGAAGAAAUGCCUCCACCUGAUGCUGAGACGGUCCAGGUCAUCCCAGGCAGCGAGCUCAUCUGGAAGAUAACGCCACGACCGGAGAACUCACCCAAGUUCUAUGCAUUCUCAACAUUUGCCAUGCACCUAAAUGAGCAUGAGAAGAGCAUGGAGGGAGUUAUUCCCCUAACAGAUAGUCGCCUCAGACCUGACAUUCGAGCCAUGGAGAAUGGAGAUAUAGAUUUGGCAAGUGCAGAGAAGAAGAGACUUGAGGAAAAACAGAGAAUAGCCCGUAAAAAUCGCUCCAAAUCAACGGAUGAAUGGAAAACAAGAUGGUUUCAGCAAGGACCCAACCCUCAUAACAAAGCUCAGGACUGGCUUUACUUGAAAGGUUACUGGGACAGGAACUACACUCACCUGCCUGACAUCUACUGAGAAGUAGGAAUACACACUAACACCAUACACAUGGAUAUCUACUGUUACCACCUUUGGACUUUACCUACUGUACUGGGAUUUGUGCAAAGGCUCCUUUGCACAUGCAACAAGGUCAUGAAGUUGAACAGCAUGUAGGGUUUAGAUAAUAUGCUUGAAAAUGUCUUAAAGCAGUAAAACACCAAGUGAACCAAGAGGAAUAUAGUCUUCAAUAGAUGUGUGAAAAUUAAGCACAAAAACUCUCUUUUGCUUAUUUAUUGUGGUUCUCGGCCACUUAAGUAUGGUAUAGGCAUGUAUUGGAAAAACUAGAAUGUAUUUUAGAAAUAUUUAUAAAUAUAUAUAUGUUAGAUAGAUGGAGUGUUUAAACAGCUACCUUGUUUUGUUGUUGGUCGUUCGUCCAUAAUUUGAGCGUGGAAACAUUUUGCUCAUCAGCCUGAGAGCAGAGAAACACAAGGCAACAUCACUACAAACAGCUGCAAUGGAGUGCAUUGUGCAUCCUGAGCACAUCAAUUAGACACUCAAAUAGACCAUUUGGGAACAUUUCUCUUUGUUUUCACUUUGUAGUGCAAUGAGUGGUGCAUAUAAUUAGUGUUCAAAAUCUGAUUGUUUGCAGUCUUUUCCUGUGGAUUGUAAAUCUGUGUCUAAAUGUUUCUCUGCAAAGAUGAUGGCAAGUAAAAUGUUCCCACUUCGGACAAGAAUUGUGGCCAGUACCGCAACACUUAACUUUUACAAUAAAAUGUUUAAAAUAUAUUAUCAUUAAGCCCGGAACUAUGUACUGUAAAGAUGUGUAUAGAUACUAACAGCGUUGCACAUGAGUCUACCUGAGUGUGGACACAGUAGCACUUUUUCUAACUAUUCUAAUGCAGGGACACUGGCUCUGCACUUCUAGAUUUGUGUGUGCGUGUGUAAAAGUCUUGCCAUAGUGAAGUAUAAUUAUCUAUAAUCCUGAUCUAUUUGAAAUCCAGCUAUCACAAUA